ACUCCACCGAAUAGCAAGCGCAACAUCAAUUGAAUCCUUCUAUAUUACCCCGAUCAGUUUGAUAAGCACCGCAAACUGCUAUGUAUAGCUUCAUGGGUAAUACUUAAUGAAGAUUCAUUUUGAGAUUACAGACAAUGCAUAGAAGGCCUAAUUGGAGAUGGCGCUUUGCUGACUUCUGCGUGGAAUGUUGGAUUCUUCUUCCAAGAAAACGUUGAAUUGAAAUUGAGAUUUAACAAAAAAGGAUUUGGAGAAUAUCAUCUAUCGCCUACUUUGUACUUCAUUUGUCAUUGAAAUCAAUUAAAUGUGUAUUGAAAUUGAUAUGUUAUUUUCUUUGUGAUUGGAUCAGUUUUGCGGUUCAUCUAUGGUCAUGGUAUCCUUGCUUGGAUCAUCUACUUGAAAUAUAUUUCCCUUUCUCUUCGUUUUAACUUUUCGCAUAAAUAUGUUUUUCCUGCUUUCCUGUAAUUUUAUCAAAUGGUCAUUUACUCCAUUCUACGAUGGAGUAGUCUAUUAUAUCGGAACAACUUCCAAGGAACAUAUUUUGGGUUUCUUUUAAUUCUGAUAGAGUAUUCUAUUGUGAAUCAGCUGGAUCUUACCUUUAUUGACAUAAUAUGCGAAUGCACUAUGUCAGUUUUAUCAAGGAAAUAGGCAUCCUGUAAUAGAAGAGGAUUAGUGACAUCAGGACUGUAAAUUGCCCUCCAAAACAUUGCUCUUAAAGUACUCAGAAGAUGGUUUUUGGAGACUCAAAUGUGAUUAUUAGCCAAUGUUAUUUCAUUUAUAUCCCCCUUUUCAGGGAAGUCAGACACUGGCAUGUUUGAUCAGUAAAAUGUGAUCAGCUAAACCAACAUUAUCAGUCAAGGUCCACGGGAGUAGCUGCUGAAUUUCCAUUAGCUCUUUAACGUACAGAAACCUUCAAGCCCUAAGCCAUGCAUUAACGAAUCAACACUUCAGUAUCAAAGACGCAGAAUUCGUGCCAUGAUUGAUCUUUUCAAUUAUAGAUAUUGCCUAUUACCAUCAAAAAGCAAGUGGUAUUUUUUCCUCAAACUGGUUCUUUGAGGUAUCAUUAUACACAGUGAACACCUUUGUUUGUGAACCCUGAGCGAAAGGAAGGAGAAAUUUACUUCUCAACUCGCAUCCUCAUUUAUUUGUGUUCUUUUACCCACAAAAUGGAAAAUAUAAUAUGGAUAUAUCAUGUUACGUAGUGCAUGCCUCCAAAGAGCUUCUUGGCUCUUUCAUUGUUAAUGGGCUGGUAUGAUGUCCGAAGACAGCGAUUACACCAGUGACAUAAACGCACCCACAGUCAGCAAUAGCAGCCCUCGUCACAGCGCUGGUACUGCCCACCAUUCAUCUGAUAGAUUAGAUUCCCCUCCCCAUGGAUCUCCUCCGUCACGCUUCCAUGAUUACAACGAUGACCACUACCCUGGAAUGGAAGAGCCUUACUAUCCCCAUGACUACACUGAUGAAGAGAGAAUAGGACGUUUCAUCGAAGACGACGAGAGAAGACGACUCUAUCCAGAAGACCGCGGCGACUUCACGGACGGCAGCGCCGACCGCUUAGACCAGGAUUAUCCUGAUAGAGAAUACUACAAUGACUAUCACUCUGGUAGCAAUAUGGAUUUCAGGUAUAAUGGAUCUACAGGUGAAUUUACAAACCCUGAGGACACCUAUAGCGGAGAAUACGAUUCGGAAUAUGGCCCAAACCAGCGAGGAUACUUGGAUGAUUACGAUCAGGAAUACCAAGAAGGGCAGAGCUCCGAUGAGCAGAGAUACAGACGCAUGGAAUCAUAUGAUCAAGAGGAAUACGAUAGGAAGUAUGAUAGGGAGGAUUACCCCCAUGAUGUGUACAGCGAUGAGUACGAAGGGAGAGAAAGAGACUUUGCUCACCGGGAGCGCGAGUAUGUUCCUCCGGAUGCUGGAUAUGAACACCCAGAAAGUGAGGACAUUGAGUAUGACAAGGAGAAAGGGGCGUAUGAUUUACAUAAAGGUGAAGAUUUAAGGAUUGUUGAUCAUGAAGCUCGGGGAAGAGGAAGUAGUUAUGAUUUAAGAAGGGAAGAAGACCUUGAGCCUCUGAGAGGCAGCAAUUAUGAUUUAAGGACAGAUAGUGAAACUGAAAGUAGGAGAGGCAAUCUAGUACCAGGUAGUGAUAUAGGUUCUAAAAAGGGUAGCAAUUACGAUCUGACAAGGGAUGCUGAAUACAAUAUGCACAGAGACAACGAAUUUGAUAAUGGACAUGAAAGCAAAUUUGAUUCGCAGAGAAACGGUGAAUUUGGUUCCCGGAGAAACAGUGGGUUCGAUUCACGACUUGAUGGUGACUUUGACCAAAGACGGGACGGAGAGUUUGAGUCAAGACACGAAGACUUUGAUCCCCAGCAGGAAAGUGGUUUUGACUUGCAUGAAAAUAUUUACUGUCAACCGGAGAGUGACGACCUUGAAACUCGCGACAGCGACCUUGAAGGCAGAGUCGCGGAGUUCGAACUGGUCCGUCGGGAUCCGUACCGUACCCUUCGGGAGAGUGACUACGACCAUAGAGUGUCCAAUUUCGGCCGUCACACGGACGACUUUGAAGGAUACAACUUUGAUGAUGGCAGGAACUAUGUUGACAGGGGGGAGAGUUUUGAGACAAGGACGGAACAGAGUGAGGUAGAAUCGGAAACGAGCAAUACCAUACCCAGUAGACAUCGGAGGAGAGAACCUUACCCCUAUAGCCCUCAUGGGAGUGAGAGAUACCUUCACAGAGAUGUUGAUAGUUUAGAACGAGAUAGCAGACCCUCAUUGGACACAGGAAGCCCUGGGAGUAGCCGCUAUUCUUCUCCGCGAGUCAGUCGGAGCAGCCUUGCCCUCGACAGGUAUUCGGAGAGCUUGCAGCAGUCGGACGAGCUCCUAGACCGAGACCGAGAGCUGGACCUGGAACUGCGUGAGGAGGAGGACGAGUUGAGAGACCUGGUACCUGCUAUGACCAUCGCUCGAAUGAGAUGGCUCAAUGCAUUCCACAGAGUGCGAGAGCAGAUCAAAGAGGGAUAUUACGAUGGUGACAGCAGUAUGAGACCAGGAAGAGGAGGUGGACUGUGGGCUAACUUAGCAAAUGGCGGCAAAUUUGAAGACACAUUUAACAACAACAACCAAGAUAGUUCAGUGGCAAGACCUUUGAGAAGGCGUAAAAACUUUCGCAUCCCUGCAAAUAAACUUCUUGAGAUUGACAUGGCUCCAGAACUACCCCCCUGCCGCAAGAUAUCAGCGGAGAUUGGGGUCAAGAGCUUGUGUUGGUCAUUAGCUGCAAUGAAGCGACAAACAAUGCCUUCAACAAUGGUCAAUAGACAGUCAUUGAACGAUGAGGAAUUGAAAAGCCACGUCUACAAGAAGACCUUGCAAGCCCUGAUCUAUCCAAUCUCCAGCACAACACCCCACAACUUUGAAAUCUGGACAGCGACCACGCCCACCUACUGCUAUGAGUGCGAGGGCUUACUAUGGGGCAUUGCCCGCCAAGGGGUGCGCUGCACAGAGUGUGGGGUCAAAUGCCAUGAGAAGUGCAAGGACCUUCUCAAUGCUGAUUGCUUACAACUGUUCAUGACAAAGAAAAGCAGAGCGGCAGAAAAGAGCUCCAAGCAUGGUGCAGAGGACAAGACUCAAAACAUUAUCAUGGCCAUGAAAGACAGGAUGAAAAUUAGAGAGAGGAAUAAACCAGAAAUAUUUGAGAUGAUUCGGGAGGUUUUUAACACUCCGUCACAGGCCCACUCAGGGCACAUGAAGGCGGUCAAGCAGUCGGUGCUGGACGGCACGUCCAAAUGGUCAGCCAAACUUGCCAUCACUGUGGUCAGCGCUCAGGGUCUCAUUGCCAAGGAUAAGACUGGGACGAGCGACCCCUACGUCACUGUUCAGGUGGGCAAGGUCAAGAAACGGACGCGCACCGUUCAGCAGAAUCUCAACCCCGAGUGGAACGAGAAAUUUUUCUUUGAGUGCCACAACUCGUCCGAUAGGAUCAAAGUCAGAGUAUGGGAUGAAGAUGAUGACUUGAAGUCUAAGCUCAUGCAAAAGUUGACCAGAGAAUCUGAUGACUUUCUUGGUCAAACAAUAAUUGAAGUGAGGACGUUGAGCGGUGAGAUGGACGUCUGGUAUAAUCUCGAGAAAAGAACGGACAAAUCAGCAGUUUCAGGCGCCAUCAGGUUACAUAUAUCAGUUGAAAUCAAAGGAGAGGAGAAAGCAGUGGCUCCAUACCAUGUACAAUACACUUGUCUUCAUGAGAAUCUCUUCCACUUCUUGAGUAUGAAAGAAGGGGGCCAGGUGAAGCUGCCAUCGGCCAAGGGUGAUGAUGCCUGGAAGAUUUACUUUGACGAGACCGCCCAGGAAGUGGUGGAUGAGUUUGCCAUGAGAUACGGCAUCGAGUCCAUCUACCAAGCAAUGACACACUUUUCCUGUCUUUCAUCCAAGUACAUGUGCUCAGGCGUACCAGCCGUUAUGAGUACAUUACUAGCCAAUAUCAAUGCCUUUUACGCUCAUACCACAGCAUCCUCAGCUGUCUCUGCCAGUGACAGAUUUGCAGCCUCCAACUUUGGGAAAGAGAAGUUUGUACGCCUUCUCGAUCAACUUCACAAUUCGGUCCGGAUAGAUCUCAAUUCCUACAGAAAUAACUUCCCUGCUGACACCCGACACAGACUAGAUGAUCUCAAGUCUAUGGUGGACCUCUUAACCAGUAUUACAUUCUUCAGGAUGAAGGUGCAAGAGCAAGCUAGUCCGCCUAGAGCUGCGUCAGUAGUCCUUGGGUGUGUCAAGGCCUGUCUACAAUCCACCUAUGACUACAUCAGGGAUAACUGUUUUGAGCUGUACCAACGAGAGUUCCAACCGGAUCAACCUAUCAAACAGCCCGACCCAGCAGAUGACCCCACCGUGCCACGAAGCCUUGACUUCUGGACCAAGAUGAUUUCACUCAUCGUGUCUGUCAUUGAAGAAGAUAAGACUACCUACACAUCAGUGCUUAACCAGUUCCCAAAUGAGCUGAAUGUAGGCGUACUCUCUGCCACCAUGAUGUGGUGUGGCUUUGCCAAAGAUAUGAAGUCUGCUCUUGAAGAACAUGACCAACAGAGGUUAUGUACCAGUGCAGAAUACAUGAACCUUCAUUUCAAGGUCAAGUGGAUGUUCAAUAAGUAUGUGGAAGGAGUCACUGAAUAUGAGAAUAGAACCCCAGAAUAUGCAAGCUGGUUUGAGCCUUUUGUCAUGCAGUGGCUGCGUGAGAAUGAAGAACUUUCCAUGGAGUUCCUGCAUGGCGCCCUCGAGAGAGACGCCAAGGAGAACUUUCAGAAGAGCUCAGAGCAUGCUCGAUUCUCGUGCUCUGUUGUUGAUGUGUUCACUCAGAUCAACCAAAGUUUUGACAUUAUUCGUCGUCUAGAGUGCCCUGACCCAGAGAUUGUCAAUAGAUACAUGAGGAAGUUUGCCAAUACUGUCAACAGGGUCUUACUUGCCUAUGCAGAUAUUGUAACUGAGAAGUUUGCUCGCUACUGCAACAAAGACGAAAUAUCCCUCCAAGCCUGUAUCCUGAUGAACAACAUACAGCAACUGAGGGUAUAUCUAGAGAAGGUCUUCGAGUCAAUGGGAGGAGAGAAGCUAGAUGCAGAGGCUGCAGAUACGUUGAAGAAACUUCAGGGCAGUCUCAAUGAAGUCUUAGACCAACUCAGCAAAGUCUUUGCCAAGAGCUUUGUACCACGUCUUCAUGAGAGCAUAGAGCAACUAAGUGCCCAUUUAGGUGAGAUCAGAGGACAAGGACAACCCAACCAAAGGAGCAACAAUGAAUCUGAUGCUGUCACAGUACUUAGACCACUCAUGGAAAUUCUAGAUGGAAAUUUGUCGGUGUUAGCUCAAAACUGUGAGAAGACUGUCUGGAAGCGACUUCUCAAAGAGAUGUGGAAGAUUGUCAUCAGUACAGUGGAGAAGGUUGUGGUCUUACCACCCAUGAGUGAUGUCUCGAUGAGUUCUAUUCUUGCCACUCUUAACCCAGCAUUAGCUAAACUACAAGGACAUGGGGAAACCAAGGAUGUGAACAAGGAGGAAAACAAGAACCUGUCCCCCAAACAAUGCGCAGUCUUAGAAGUUGCUCUGGAUCACAUUAAGGGUUCUUUUGCCCAUCCACAGCAAUACUUCCAUGGCUCGGGCAACGGUCUUAAACGCAACUUUCUAGAGAAGAGCCCGGAGCUUCAGUCCUUGCGAUACGCCCUAUCUCUCUACACUCAAACCACCGAUAUGCUUAUCAAGACUUUUGUACAGACCCAGAAUCAGCAAGAUCAACCAAGUGGUACCAUGUCUUUUGGUGAGCUCUCUAUUCAAGUCGACCUAUUCACACAUCCUGGUACUGGGGAACACAAGGUCAAUGUCAAAGUGGUUGCCUGCAACGGGCUGAGAUGGAACACGACAAGUAUGUUCCGACCAUUUGUAGAAGUCUACAUGAUAGGUCCUCAUCUGAGCGACAAAAGACGCAAACAUUCCACCAAGUCCAAGGCCAAUAACUGGGCUCCCAAAUACAACGAGACCUUCCAGUUCAUCCUAGGUAACGAGGAUGAGCCUAGCUCCUACGAACUUCAUUUCUGCGUGAAAGACUACUGCUUCGCCAGAGAAGACCACCUCAUCGGGAUUGGCGUACUUCAGCUCCACACAAUCGUAGAAUGCGGAAGCUGCGCCUGCGUAUGCACGCUAGGACGCAAGCUACACGUCAACGACACGGGUGGGACUAUCCUACGCAUCCUAUCCCAGCGAACCAAUGACGAGGUGGCACGAGAGUUUGUUCGCCUCAAGUCAGAGAGGAGAUCCGAGGGGGGUGAUCAAGGGAGGAGCUGAGACCGUGGGAAAUCGGUUGUUAUAUUCUGAAAGAGUACCUCAUUUCUUUAUUAUGUUGUUUCCUUUGGAGGAAUUUUGCAUUACUCUUUUUAAAAUCUAAGUGCCUGAGUAUGUUCAAUUUAAUGUGCAACUUUGCAUGUUAUAUUCAACAUUUUGACUAUUCAAUUGUUAUGUAUGAGAAGGUUUGAAAUGAUUCUAUUCCAGACAUUUCAAAAUGAAGUAUAAGUUCUCAUAUUUCUCACUAUGCUUAUGCAGUAAAUGGGUAAUUCUACUGGCUAAUAGUAUCUAUUAGAUGACCAAGCCCAGCUUUUCUCACGCACUUGUGAUUCUUUUUCGAACUCAGUACUUGUAUGCUGUAUUCACAUUCAGAGUAUUAAUUCACCAUGUAAUAAUUUUUACUUCACUAAGAAGAUGAAUAAUUUCCCUCAUUUGUACUAGUUGUAAAUGUCACUGUGUCUUGCAUAUUGUACAAAUUUUUAUCUAGAAUUAAUGCAAAUAUAUUGCCAUUGAUAAAUUGUGGUGUAUUGAAUUAAAUGUGUAAUUUUGUUUGUUUAUUUGAUCUGUUGUUGAGCAUGUAUGUACAUAUAUUUUCAAAUUCAGAUUUAGACAUGGAAAAAUUGAUUAUUUCCAAUUUCAGCAUUCCUUGCUUUGUAGUAUACUCUGACAGAUUUGGAUGGUUGUGUCUUUGUGGUUAAAAGGUGAUUUUGUUUUUGUUUUUGAAUUUAUAUAGAAAAAGAAUAGAGUUUUAUUUUCCAGAUUCAAUUGUGUAAAGCUUUUGAUUACAUUUUCAUGCAUUGUAGUAUUAGGAAUAUUCCAGAGAAAAGAAAUUUAAGUAAAUUUGUAUGUGUAAUCAUAUAAGUAUAGCAGUAUUUGAAGGCAACUUACUUUUGUACCCAUUCAGAUAUUGAAUAGAUGAAUUCAUUCUAAUAUAAGCAGAUAAGACAUAAUGUAAGGGCAGAAGAUUUUUUGUUGAUUUUUAUGUACAGUUUUUGUAUAUGUACUUGUUUGUGAGGAAGUAUACCCUAUUUGAUGGGUUUAAAGUUGACUUGCCUUUUUGUGUGCUUUUAGCUUGUAUUUGACAAAGAGAAACAAUGUAUGCCAGAAGAAAGCUAUAUUACAUUUCACAAAUGACAAAAUUUAUUGAUAUGUAAAUAUGUAUGUGUAUGUAUUUAUAUCAUGUUGCAAUAUUUAUCCACUCAUUUUGGAAUAUUUAGGUGCUAUUGUAUAAAUCACUGACUUUCAGGAUUAAUUCCCACAUAUCCACUUAAGGGUAUUACUUUCCACAAUGAAGCAAAAAAAAAAUCUUAUUUAUCACUCGACAACCAUUUGCAAACAUAUGGAACAACUGAUGAAAUUCAUUUCCUCAUGGUUGAUAAUUAGAUAUUAUUAAGAGAGUGUCUUUCAUAAAACUGCCUGCUCAACAGAAGGCUUAAAUGCUAAAAUAGCCAGAGGACUGAUGGCUUCAAAUACUCUUCUAGGGAACUAGUAACAAGGAUUAAUGAAAGUACUCUGUAUGUUGAUCUGAUAUCCAUUUCAUGUUCUUUUAACAUGGUAAUGAAUUGUAUAUUUCAAUGUGAAUAACUGCUGAAUGGAUUAAUUACCAAAAAAUGAUCACGAUACCUUUCUUUAAAAAAAAUUGAAGACAUGGUUUUAAUGCGUGUAAAUCAUUUUAUCAUUUGCCAGAAUAUAUUAAGAAAUUCAAAAUAGAUUCCACUUCGGAAAAUCCAUUUAUCAGAAAACGUUUUAUUAAAUUUCUUAAUUUGCUUGAAUUCUCUUUUCUCAAAUUAUUGAUGUAAUGUCUGAUCCCUGUAGACAAUGGGUCAUAUGUAUUUUUUGUAGAGGAUUCACUCUAGAACCGAUUGAAUUACCAAUAUUUUCAGAUGUUUGCAAAUGGUUGUUACUCUUCAAAUAUUUUAAACAUAUUCACUCAGAAAUAUCCCCUCCAAUCUGAUCAGAAAUUUCAAAUAUUUGUUAAUUUAUUACUUAGGGAUACAGUUUCAAAUUAAGUUUUUAACUUUUGGUAAAAUAGGACAAUUACAAGAAAAUAAUCAUGAUUCCUUGUAUGAAAAUUAAAUCUCUAGCAUAUAAAAACUGAGUUGAGCAAAAUGAAAUGUUUUCACAUUGACAUUUAAUAUGAAGCUUUCCAUCAAAGUUUGAUCAGUUAUUGAACAAGAUAGUAUAAGGAUAAUGAUUCUUUUUCUAAUAUAAAAAUAUGAACUGAACCUUCAGUGAAAUUACUUUGAUCUUGCCUUUUUAGUGUUCUUAGUACCUUGCAAGGAUCAUUAUUACAGAGAAAAUAAUUGUAUAUGCCAAUUGUUUCAUGGUGGUAUUUGUUUAAAAUAUUGCAAGACUCGAUAUAAACUACCAAAACAUGCCAUUCUUGAUGGAACUUUUUAAAAUGAACAUCAAAUUGUUUUUAAAAAAGGAACAUGCGCUCUUGUGAAUUUAUUUUCUUGAAGCAGUCUUUAAAUAUUUUAAGUACAAAUGAAACAUAUGGCAUAUAUACUUAAUGAUUUAAAUGUAAAACCACUAAUAACACAGUGUGAAUGAUUUAUAUCAAGAGUGUCCUAUGCAAUAAGUAAUCUUAGAGCAGUUUUACAUUAUUGUGCUAACUUUAUUUAGUUACUUAUUUCAGAUAAGGUGAUUUCUUUCUCGUUUGAACUUACAUGUACAAGAGCAAUGAAUUGAUCAUUGUUGUCUUGUAAUUUUGUUUUUCAUUUCCCAAGAAAGAAAAUGCAGCUAAAUGAAUACUUGAUGUUAAAAGUGUUCAUCAAUCCCUCAUUUACAGACACUAUUUAGAAUCAGAAUUCUUGGCAGAGCACACAGUAUGAUGUUAAAAAUGAGUGUGCCGGGGGGGGGGGGGGCUGAGCCGAAAGUUAGGGGACUGACCAUGCAAAAGAUCACAAUAGGAAUGAUGUGCCCUCUGCCAACGGUUCUGUGGCCCCUUCUUAGGUAUGUCCUCAUAUGAGACUGUACCACAACCCACCCUUAGUGUCAAGAAUUUAUGAAUUUAGCUAGGCUCUGCAUUUAGCUUAUGCGUUAAUUGUAUUUAGGACCUGGACUUUGAUAAUCUUCAUUUAUACCCCUAUGGUGUGUUUCAGGAAAGGACUAGUUAUUUUAUCUGGCAGUUGCCAUAGUUACAGUGCUUACCAGCCAAUCAAAAUCAAGUAAAGUUGUCUGAUCUAACCACUUUUCGGAUGAUAGAGGUUGAUGAAACGGUCCCCAGAAUUCAACUCAAAUACACAGCACAUGGUUGAUAAUCCUCUCAGUAAAUGUUUCUGUGAUUCAUGUUGUCAAUGGUACAAACUUACACACACUCUGAAGUAUACUUAGUCGUUGUUGUUUUUUUAACAUCCUUUGAUGGUUUUGGAUCAAAUUGGUCUGAAUUCGCUUAAACAAAUGAGUUCCUCAGUUUCUUAUCACACACAAGAAAUCAAAAAAAGAUGCACUCUAUAGUGACAUUAAAUAUCAGGAUUUUUUUCAAAAAGUACCUUAAAUAUCCAAUUCCCUAGUAUUAAAUAUCAAAAUUCUCAGUAUUAAAGCGAUAAAUAAUUGAAGUUCACGACCAUUAGCAUGUUGAUAAGUAGAUUCAAAACUAUGCCUGUUCACCCGAAAAAUUAGUUCAGUGAUGGUGUGUUGAGUUGUGUUGCUCAUGUAAAGAAGAUGUUGUUGCAGCUCAACUACAAGUAACUCCAUAUCUGAUUCUUAUUUAAACAUCGAUUAAAUGCAUGGGAAGAUAACUUUUUCAAAGUCAAAUUAAAGUACAAAAAAAUCUAUUGAACUUGAGGGAAAUUAAUGUUUUGCAUAAUAGAGUCAGACUCACCAUUAUUUAGAUUAAUAAUGAGCUGGUGGAAAUUACAAGGACAAAAAUCUCUCAAUUUACAUUGUUAUUUUAAAUGGAAAACAAUUCAGUUAGAAAAAUGAAUACAUAUUCAAUGCAUGCAUGAAGAGGACAGUGCGGCUGUGCCCCACUACUGAAUAAAGUUGAAUCGGUCGACAGAGGCUAGGCAGAUUUUCCCUAUAAGUAUGGUAUAUUGAUCUUCACAUAUUUAGAUGGUCACACUUAAGGGGUAUGAAAUGUUUUAUACAAAUGCAAACUUUCAGAUGCCCAUUUAUGAAUGUCACAUUUUUUCCUUUACUCAAGAUUCCUUUUGAAAUAAUGGGUAAAAAAGGAGAAUUUCAUGAAUUCAUGGUCACAUUUUUUGUAAAUUCAUAUGUAGAUAUAGCCAGUUUUGUAACUUUUCACAUUGAAAUUCUCAUUUUGAAUUUGAUAUGAAUUAAGUGAAUCAGUAAAUGUACACACUGCAUAUAUUCAAACAUUGUCACAAUUUGUUUCCUUCAAAGCAAUAUUCCACUAUUUCUAACAUUUGGUUACUUAACUUGUAAAACUGUUUUGAAAGAAAAUUCCUGUCAGUUUCAAGUGUAAUUUAUAAAAUGUUUCAUUGUCAUACUAUUGUUAUCAUCUAACUGUUGUCAUAACUGUACAAAUUUAUUGAUAAUUCAAUACUAUAUAAUAAAUAUUAUAUGAAUAUAUAUAUUACUAUGAUCAAUAAAAACAAAAUCUUCAUUCCUUUUGAUUUCAUAAUUUCAUGGUCUAUUUAUUGUCUCCAAAACUGUUUCUCUUGUUGACAAGUCAUAAUUAAGGG